GUGCUUAGACGGGUGGGUAGCAACAGUUGCCCCGGUGAGGACGAGGCGCCAUAGUCACGGUAGUCGUGGCGACAAGAACCCAGCAACGAGAAUCAACAACAAUUUGAACCAUUAAGAAAAUAAAACUCCGCGCCAAACUAAGACCACCCGACAAGAGGAGAAAGAGGGAUUUGUGCAGUUGUCGUCAUGGCAUCCUCAGGCUACACCGCCGAGGAUCUUCAACCCUCCCAGACACAAGGGGGCAGCAUUACAAAUGCCACAUCCAGCAGCCAGCAGAAAAACACUUCUCAAAUUCUCUCCGACAUCCAAAACCCUCAAGGAUCGGCUUCCUCCAUCAUCAGAGCACAGGCCACGCCCCCUGCCACUCAAAAGAAGGCGGUCCUGGCCACGCCCUCUCCAGGAGUGCAGUAUGUCACAGGAGAGAUUCAAAGCUCCGCCUCUCAAACUGGAAACGGCAGUCAGCAGUACAUUGUUGUGACAGUCACUGAGGGUUCUCUCAACUCCAAUGACUCUGAAUCAAACUCUCCCCCUGCGGUUCAGACUGGUGUUCCCACACAGGUAGUGCAGCAGGUUCAGACUGCACAGCAGAGGUCAGUAGUUCAGGCGACAACCAAGAGUGGACAACUGGGGGUCAGUAAUCUACACAUAACACCUGAGCAUGUGUUCUCCAGUCAAUUUGUGGAGGGAGACGCCGACUACAGCAACAGCUCAAUUCGCUCUAGUAGCUACCAGUUCCCAGACUCCGCCCUCUACUCCCAGACCACGCCCUCUGUCACCUACUAUGAGGCGUCUUCCACCACGGGCUCUCAGGUCACGUCCCCGUCCAGCUCUCAGCCGGUGUCAGUGACGUCCGGGGCAGGACUGUUUUCUGAGGGCGGAGCGGGCAUCACCGUGGUGGCUGGAGGGUCUUCUUCAGCAGCGGGUGUGGUCAGCAGUGGGGGGGUUGGCAGUUAUGUCAUUCAAGGGGGGUACAUGCUUGGCGGAGGUCCUGGAGGAAACCAGAGCUUCUCACCCAACACACGCGCAUCGCCUGCAACUGUGCAGUGGCUGAUGGAUAACUAUGAGACGGCAGAAGGAGUAAGUCUUCCUCGCUGUACUCUAUACUGUCAUUACCUCCUGCACUGCCAGCAGACCAAACUGGAACCCGUGAACGCCGCUUCCUUCGGGAAACUCAUCCGCUCUGUGUUCAUGGGCCUCAGAACCAGACGUCUCGGCACCAGAGGGAACUCCAAGUACCAUUACUAUGGCCUUCGGAUCAAGAGCAACUCGCCCCUGCACAGACUGGUAGAGGACCAGCAGCACCUGGCCAUGAGACAACAGCCAUACUCACAGAAACAGAGGAUAAAGCCUGUGCAGAAGAUGGAGGGCCUGACCAAUGGAAUGGGUCUGGGGGCGGGGCAUCAGCAGGGGGCGGGGCUAUCAGACAUCAGUUCCCAGGUUCACCAGUAUCAGCAGUUCCUGGGUGAUUCUCGCCGUCUGCCAGAAUUCCCUGAACUGAAAGAUGAUGGGAAAUCUCUGCCGGACGGACUCCUUCCUCAGUAUGUGCACGUGUAUCAGCUGGUCUACAGAGAGCACUGUGAGGCUAUUCUGGAUGUGAUGGUGAACCUGCAGUUCACUCUUGUGGAGACGCUGUGGAAGAGUUUCUGGAGGUUCAGUGAAGGACAGACCAGCAACUCGGAUGCACUGGACCUUCAUGAAGAAUCAGAGAAGCGCUUGCCGAAGUCAGUUCUGGUUCUGUUGUGUAAAUAUGAGCCCAUCAUCAAUUGGACCCGCGAAUGCGACAACUUGCUGUACCAAAGCCUAGUGGGGAUCUUCAUCCCUGAUGUCCUGAGACCCAUCCCCAGUGCCUUAACUCAAGCCAUCCGUAAUUUUGCUAAGAGUCUGGAGAGCUGGCUCAGCAACGCCAUGAUCAUCAUGCCAGACGAGAUGGUGAACAUCAAGAAGUUGUGUGCCGGGGCGUUCGCUCAGACUCUGCGGCGCUACACAUCCCUCAAUCAUCUGGCUCAGGCAGCACGAGCCGUCCUGCAGAACACAGCUCAGAUCACACAGAUGCUCAGCGACCUCAACCGUGUCGACUUCACUAAUGUACAGGAGCAGGCCUCGUGGGUGUGUGGCUGUGAGGAUGGUGUGGUCCAGCAGCUGGAGCGCGACUUUAAACAAACCCUGCAGAAUCAGAACUCUCUGGAGGAGUGGGCUGCAUGGCUGAACGAGGUGGUCUCGCUGGUGUUAAAGCCAUACACCAACAGCCCAGCUUUCCCCAAAGCAGCCAAACUCUUCCUGCUCAAAUGGAGCUUCUACAGUUCUAUGGUGAUCCGGGAUCUGACCCUGCGCAGCGCGGCCAGUUUCGGCUCGUUUCAUCUGAUCAGACUGCUGUAUGAUGAGUACAUGUACUACCUGAUUGAGCACAGAGUCGCACAGGCCAAAGGAGAGACACCCAUCGCUGUCAUGGCAGAGUUUGCCAAUCUGAACAGAAGUCAGAGAUCAAUGGAUGGGUAUAAAGAUGAGGAAGAUGAGGAGGAGGAUGAGGAAGAGACGGACGAGGAUCAGGACAUGUCUGUUCCAGUAAACGCAGUGGUUCUGGAGGAGUCGCUGGAGCCGCCGGUUAAACUGGCUAGAACAGAGCUCUACACUAACAACAGCAGCACACAGAACUAACACACACACACACACACACACACACACACACACACACACACACACACACACACACUUUUACAUCUAAAUGCAGUCUUCAGUUUAGUGAAUUACUAGAGGAAAUUGAGUUGAUUCACUGUAAACCGGAUGAGGUGAAUCAGGCCUCAGAGCUGCUGUAUGGUUGAUCCGAUGAAGCUUUUUGUAGACAACAGUUACAUUUACAUGCCUUAAUUAUGCUCUCACACACACACACUCACUCAUUGCCUUCCCCUUUAUCAAUCAAAGCUGCCAUGUGUGUCCUGUGUCUUGACUUUUAAAGCAACAGUUCAUCCAAAAGUGUAAGCUUUCACGCUCAUGUUGUAGCAAAAACUCAAGUGUUUCAUUGACGACAUGCUUUAUUUUGAGGUGAACUGUCCCUUUAAGAGUCUCCAUGCUGCCAUUUUGUUUUGCCAAAGCCAAUCAUACCUUAUCUAGGCCUGUUCCUCAUUAAUAUUCUUGAGCGUUUCUCAUGUCCUUCUUCCAUGGUUAUUUUGUUUUUCUCUUAAUUAUAACGAAUAUGAUAUAUAUAUACUAUAAUCAGCGCAUUAUUUUGAUUUGAUUGUGUAAUGCUAAUGGAUCAAAUGUGCCUUCAGAGGAUUAUUCAUGCUAGAGAUCCAUAAACGUCUAAAUAAAUGUCAAAAACCAUCAUUAAAAUGCUUACGUUUUUUAUUUUUGGAAAUCUCAUAUUGAAAGUCUUGAGGAGUGAGCUGUGUUAAUGUUCAUAAUACCCAUUUAAUUCAUCUCAGAAUAUUAAUUAAAAGCACAUUCAUGUAACGGAGGCCAGCUAGCGAAGUGCUCUGCACGUAAACCUCACCCUAAUGGUGCUCUAGCGACAGACAAUAGAGGCUAUGGUCUUUAGCCUUCUUGCUAGAGUCCGACUCCCAUACAAAGAAUGGCCGGUUCGAUCCCAGCUCAGAUCAGGCUGAGUGCAGUAUGACCAGUAGGAAACUUGGGGGCUCGUCCGGGAUGGGAGUGAGUGCUAGGCAGGUAAACCUCACUCCUCUGACCUCUAAAGGUGUUCUAGUGACAAACACUAGAGACUAUAGUCUUUACGCUCCUGGUUAGAGCAACCGACUCCCAUACAAAGAAAUGCAGAUUUGAUCCCAGCUCAGACUGGGUGCUGUGCAGUAGGACUGGUAGUGCUACAUUCAAUUAAAUAAAACGUACCAUUUUGGUCUAUGCGCAUAGGCUUGCCUAUAGAAAAUAUACAUUUCUUAUAUAUUUUUAAAUAAAUUUUAAUGAAUGUAUACCAAAUGCGGGCUUAUCCAUAAUUUUCUUUAAUUAAGCAUUUAAAAAAAUUAUGCAUUUUAAAACAUGCAUUUUUUACAUGACGACAACAUCUACUGACACUAUAUAAAUAAUCGCUUUUUUGUUGUUGUUUUAAUGGAUUUGUGUUUACAUGAUUCAUUGCACCAUGUUGUCAUUUCAAAUGCUCAAAACAACGUUAGCUAUGUUUCCAUUGAAAGAUGCUAAUUAAAAUGCGCAAUACUGGAAAUUGUACGAAACAUUUGCGAAUAAAGCACCAAUUACAUCCAAUGAGUCAAAGAAAAUAAAAUCGUAACUUAUAAACUGGCGCAAAAUAUCAAAAAGAAAAUUGGAAUUUAGUUUUUUUGAUGCGGAUGAUGGAAAUUUAUUCGGUAAAUAUUUUUCUGUCGUAGUUUAUGCAAAAGUUUGUACUAAGUUGUGCGCAUAAGUUUUUAUGCACAGUUUUAAAAAUGUUUGUGCAUCUUGAAGUAUUUUUAGGUGAUAUUUCAAAAUGCGCAUAGAAGUAGGUGGAUAAAAACAUAGCUACAGUUGGGAAAAUCCAAGCCAAAAUGCUUAUUUUUUGUUUAUUUAAUGAAAACUACAAUAAAACAGUGCUGUGUAGACAUUUUGUCUUUCAUGUCAUCAACAACAUCACUAAUGUAGUUGAACACAAUUUGUUCAUUUCUUUUUAGCAUGUUCAUUAGCAAAGACGACAUGUUUUGUGAUUGGAUGCUUCUUGUUGCAAAAUCGUCACUUUCUGAUAAACUGGUGCCAAAUAUCAAAAAUUGGAAUUUGUGUUUUUUUUUGUUUUUUGUUGUUGAUGCGCAUGCUGGAAAUAUAAUUGAUAAAAAUGUUUUCAUUGUAGUUUCUGCCCAUUCUGUCUUAUUGGAUAAAAAGUGUAUCCGUUUUUUUUUUUUCGCACAUUUUUUAAAAAUGUUUGCGCAUCAUGAAGUAUUUUUUAUGUAAUAUUCGAAAAUGCGCAUAAACAUAGGUGGAUAAAAACAUAGCUAAAGUUGGGAAAAUACUGGCCAAAAUGCCUAUUUAUGUUUAUUUAAAGAAGAAUAUAAUAAAACAGUGCUGUGUAAACAUUUCCUUCAUUUCAUCUGUCUUUCGUGUCAUCAACAACAACACGCAACAACAUAUUUUCAACACGUUCACUAGCAAAGAUGACAUGUUUUGUGAUUGGACGCUUCUUGGUGCAGCUCAUGCAUAUUAAGUAUCUAAUUAUAGUGGUUUUGGUAGCGCAUCGAGUGUGUUGUUGCAAAAGUAUUGAUGAGUUGAAAUAAGCUUAAAUGGCACAGAUGUUUCCUCGCUUAUUGAAAACAGAUUUGUCAGUGAUGAUUACGAAUACACUCGUUCAGUACAAGCUUUUCCAAUAUGUAUAUCAGUGUUUCUUUAAUUGUAUCAUAAGAGUUGCUGCAAACGGUCUCAUUUUAGCUGGGCAAAAUUAUUCGGGUGUGUAAUUAUGCUAAUGUACGAUAUAGUUUUAUGAUCUUGUACUGUUGAAACCAUGAUGGCCUUAUUUGAAGUGUACCUGUAGCAGAAAUCGAUGUAAAAGCUGUAUGAUUGUGCCUCAAAGUUCAGUGUCCCUUUAAAAAGAAACAACAAAAAAAAAGCUUUUAAGAAAA